CUGGAAGAUGAGUGUUCAGAACUGAAGAAAGACAUAGAUGACCUUGAGCUGACCCUGGCCAAGGUUGAAAAGGAGAAGCAUGCCACAGAGAACAAGGUUAAAAACCUUACCGAGGAGCUGGCUGGGUUGGAUGAAACCAUCGCUAAGCUGACCAAGGAGAAGAAGGCCCUCCAAGAGGCCCACCAGCAGACCCUGGAUGACCUGCAGGCAGAAGAAGACAAAGUCAAUUCUUUAAGCAAAAUCAAGAGCAAACUAGAACAGCAAGUGGAUGAUCUGGAAAGUUCUCUGGAGCAAGAAAAGAAGCUGCGGGUGGACCUGGAAAGGAACAAAAGAAAGCUGGAGGGAGACUUGAAGCUUGCCCAAGAGUCCAUAAUAGACCUGGAGAAUGACAAGCAGCAGCUGGAUGAAAGGCUCAAGAAGAAGGAUUUUGAAUACAGCCAACUGCAAAGCAAGGUGGAAGACGAGCAGACUCUAGGCCUCCAGUUUCAGAAGAAAAUCAAAGAGUUACAGGCUCGCAUUGAGGAGCUGGAAGAAGAGAUUGAGGCAGAGAGAGCGACCCGUGCCAAGACGGAGAAACAGCGCAGCGACUACGCGCGGGAGCUGGAGGAGCUGAGCGAGCGGCUGGAGGAGGCCGGCGGCGUCACCUCCACCCAGAUCGAGCUGAACAAGAAGCGGGAGGCCGAGUUCCUGAAGCUGCGCAGGGAUCUGGAGGAGGCCACCCUGCAACACGAAGCCACGGUGGCCACGCUGAGGAAGAAGCAUGCGGACAGCGCGGCCGAGCUCGGGGAGCAGAUAGACAACCUGCAGCGAGUGAAGCAGAAGCUGGAGAAGGAGAAGAGCGAGUUCAAGCUGGAGAUCGACGACCUCUCCAGCAGCGUGGAGAGCGUGUCCAAAUCCAAGGCCAAUCUGGAGAAGAUAUGCCGCACUCUGGAGGAUCAGCUAAGCGAGGCCAGGGGCAGGAACGAGGAGGCUCAGCGGAGCCUGAGCGAGCUGACCACGCACAAGUCUCGGCUUCAGACUGAGGCAGGUGAGCUGAGUCGUCAGCUGGAAGAAAAGGAAAGCAUAGUGUCCCAACUAUCCAGAAGCAAGCAAGCAUUUACCCAGCAAAUAGAAGAACUCAAGAGGCAGUUGGAGGAAGAAAGCAAGGCCAAGAACGCCCUGGCCCACGCCCUUCAGUCCUCCCGCCAUGAUUGUGACCUGCUGCGGGAGCAAUAUGAGGAGGAGCAGGAAGGCAAAGCCGAGCUGCAGAGGGCAUUGUCCAAGGCCAACAGUGAGGUGGCCCAGUGGAGGACCAAAUAUGAGACGGACGCCAUCCAGCGCACGGAGGAGCUGGAGGAGGCCAAGAAGAAGCUUGCUCAGCGCCUUCAAGACUCUGAGGAACAAGUUGAGGCAGUGAAUGCUAAAUGUGCUUCCUUGGAGAAGACCAAGCAGAGGCUGCAAGGAGAGGUGGAGGAUCUGAUGGUGGAUGUGGAAAGAGCGAACUCCUUGGCUGCCGCUCUGGACAAGAAGCAGCGGAACUUUGACAAGGUGCUAGCCGAGUGGAAGACAAAGUGUGAGGAGAGUCAAGCAGAACUGGAGGCGUCUCUGAAGGAGUCCCGCUCCUUGAGCACUGAGCUCUUCAAACUGAAAAAUGCCUACGAGGAAGCCUUAGAUCAGCUUGAAACUGUGAAACGGGAAAAUAAAAACUUAGAGCAAGAGAUAGCGGAUCUCACAGAACAAAUUGCUGAAAAUGGUAAAACUAUCCAUGAACUGGAGAAAUCAAGAAAGCAGAUGGAGCUGGAGAAGGCUGAUAUUCAGCUGGCUCUGGAGGAAGCAGAGGCUGCUCUUGAGCAUGAAGAAGCCAAGAUCCUCCGAAUCCAGCUUGAGUUGACCCAAGUGAAGUCAGAAAUUGAUAGGAAGAUCGCUGAGAAGGACGAAGAGAUCGAGCAGUUGAAAAGGAACUACCAGAGGACAGUGGAGACCAUGCAGAGUGCCCUGGACGCUGAGGUGCGGAGCAGGAACGAAGCCAUCCGGAUCAAGAAGAAGAUGGAGGGAGACCUUAAUGAGAUAGAGGUCCAGCUGAGCCACGCCAACCGCCAGGCUGCAGAGACCCUCAAGCACCUCCGGAGCGUCCAGGGACAGCUGAAGGACACCCAGCUGCAUCUGGACGAUGCUCUCCGGGGCCAGGAGGACCUGAAGGAGCAGCUGGCGAUCGUGGAGCGCAGAGCCAACCUGCUGCAGGCUGAAGUGGAGGAGCUGCGGGCCACGCUGGAGCAGACGGAGAGGGCCCGGAAACUGGCUGAACAGGAGCUCCUGGAUGCCAAUGAGAGAGUGCAGCUGCUGCACACCCAGAACACCAGCCUCAUCCACACCAAGAAGAAGCUGGAGACGGAUGUCACGCAGCUCCAGAGCGAGGUGGAAGAUGCCAGCCGGGAUGCAAGGAAUGCUGAAGAGAAGGCCAAGAAGGCUAUCACUGAUGCGGCCAUGAUGGCUGAGGAGCUGAAGAAGGAGCAGGACACCAGCGCCCACCUGGAGCGGAUGAAGAAGAACCUUGAGCAGACGGUGAAGGACCUGCAGCACCGUCUGGAUGAGGCUGAGCAGCUGGCGCUGAAGGGCGGCAAGAAGCAGAUCCAGAAACUGGAGACUCGGAUCCGAGAGCUGGAGUUUGAGCUGGAAGGGGAGCAGAAGAAGAACACAGAGUCUGUGAAGGGCCUGAGGAAGUAUGAGCGACGGGUCAAGGAGCUCACGUACCAGAGUGAAGAGGACAGGAAGAAUGUGCUGAGAUUGCAGGACCUUGUGGAUAAACUUCAAGUGAAAGUGAAGUCCUAUAAGAGGCAGGCUGAGGAGGCUGAUGAGCAAGCCAAUGUUCAUCUCACCAAAUUCCGAAAAGCUCAGCAUGAGCUGGAGGAGGCUGAGGAACGAGCUGAUAUUGCAGAAUCGCAAGUUAAUAAGCUGAGGGCUAAAACCCGAGACUUCACCUCCACCAGAAUCGUGGUCCAUGAGAGUGAAGAGUGAGCGAGCCCUCCUGGAGCAGGACAGAAGAUAUGCAAAAUGUAUAUUUUCAUGGUUCCUGACCUAAUUUACUUAAUUUCCAUGUGACUCCUUUUCACAUGCAAUAAAC